GCUCCGUUUGCACCGAGUAAACUGAAAAUUGAAAAGAGGGGAAAGUACAGUCUCUGAUUUCAUUAUCAGACAAACGGUGAUUUCCUGCAAAGUCUUUCGCGCCAAAAAAGAUGAGUUUGGAUUCUUCUCAUCCUACCAAAUCAGGAUCCAAUUCGAAGAGAAGCUUCAAUUCGACAAAUAGUAACAACACCGGAGGGAACAAUUAUAACAAAAAGAAGAGGAAGAAAGAUGGAGACAGUGGACAACAAACCCUAGGCAUGGCUUGGGGUUCUAAUUCUCGAUCUUCUUCUCGUUCCUCUUUCCGCAGUGCACCAUUCACUGAUGUUGGCAGUUACAUGGCAGUGAAGAACAGGAAACUACAUGAGCAGUUUGAUGUCGAAGCUUCAAGCUCAUCUCAUGGUGGUUCUGGCUCCAAGAAACCUGUGUUUUAUGGUGUUUCUAUUUUUGUCGAUGGAUACACUGUCCCUUCUACUCAGGAAUUGCGUGGUUACAUGUUAAAGCAUGGAGGUAGGUUUGAAAAUUACUUUUCAAGGCAGCGUGUUACUCAUAUAAUCUGUAGUAAUCUUCCUGAAAGCAAGGUCAAGAAUUUAAGGUCCUUCAGUCGUGGACUCCCAGUAGUGAAACCUACAUGGGUGUUGGAUUGUAUUGCAGCUGAUAAGUUAUUAAGCUGGGUUCCUUAUCAACUUGAACAGAUAGCUAGUGAAGCUAAUAACCAACCUAAGCUAUCAACUUUCUUAGAUUCAAGAAACAAAAUCGAUUCUCCAAAUGUUCCCAUGACUUCAGAUAACAAUAUUUCUGAAGUAAGUGAGUCUGUAGAAGAUGUAAAGCAAUCUAAUCAAGGAUCUGAUUCUCAAGUGUAUAAUGAAGCACCUUCUGCAUCUGAAGGAAGUCGAUGCUCAGAUAUUCAAAAUAUUACAGAAUCGCCAUCGAUCGUUUCAGAUUCUUCCAACAAGUGUCAUUCAACUUCUCUAGACCCAAAUUUUGUAGAGACUUACUUCAAGAAUUCUAGGCUACACUUUAUAGGAACUUGGAGAAAUCGAUACCGAAAUCGUUUUCCCAAUUCAUCUAAACCUUCAAUCUCCAUUAAUCCUUCAUCUUCAUGUCAGAGAAAUACAAUUGUUCAUAUCGACAUGGAUUGUUUCUUUGUAUCAGUUGUUAUAAGAAAUCGCCCUGAGUUAUGGGAUAAACCAGUUGCUGUUUGUCAUUCUGAUAAUCCACGUGGCACUUCUGAAAUUUCAUCAGCCAACUACCCUGCUCGAGACCAUGGGGUAAGGGCUGGAAUCUUUGUUAGAGAUGCAAAAGCACUUUGUCCUCACCUUGUUAUUGUUCCUUACAACUUUGAAGCAUAUGAGGAGGUGGCUGAUCAGUUUUAUAGGAUAUUACAUAAGCAUUGUAACAAAGUGCAAGCCAUGAGCUGUGAUGAAGCAAUUUUAGAUAUUACAGAUUUGGAAAUGGAAGAUCCUGAGAUUUUAGUUUCAUUGAUACGAAAGGAAAUAUCUGAUACAACAGGGUGCACUGCAAGUGGGGGUAUUUCAGGAAAUAUACUUAUGGCUAGAUUAGCUACAAGAACUGCCAAACCAAAUGGUCAAUCUUACCUUCCUCCUGAAAAGGUGAAUGAUUUUUUAAAGGAACUUCCAGUUAAAGUGCUUCCAGGAAUUGGUCGUGCUUUAGAUGAGAAAUUAAAAGGAAAACAUAUUGAAACUUGUGGAGAUUUACGCAUGAUAUCCAAGGAAACUCUUCAAAAAGAUUUUGGCCAGAAAACAGGUGAAAUGUUAUGGUGUUAUUGUAGAGGGAUAGAUAAUCGACUUGUUGGCAUGAUUCAGGAGAGCAAGUCUGUAGGUGCGGAUGUAAAUUGGGGUGUAAGGUUCAAGGACAUGAAAGAUACACAAAAUUUUCUUCUGAGCCUAUGCAAAGAGGUCUCUUUGCGUUUACAUGGAUGUGGAGUUAGAGGAAGGACUUUUACACUCAAGAUAAAAAAGAGAAAGACAGAUGAAGAGCCAAUCAAGUAUAUGGGAUGUGGUGAUUGUGAUAAUUUUAGUCAUUCAUUAACGGUUCCAAUGGCAACUGAUGACGUGGAUGUUCUUCAGAGGAUAACUAAACAGCUCUUCAGUCAUUUCCAUAUUGAUGUGAAAGACAUAAGGGGAGUUGGACUUCAUGUUACAAAACUAGAAAGUUCAGAUAAUUGUACGCAAGGGAAUGGGAAGAGUUGUAUAAGAUCGUGGCUUGUAUCUGCUUCAGCGACUAAAGAAAAGGAGAAUUUAAAAAUUAAAAAUAAAAAAGAACAAAUCGAUGAUCAUGUUCAUCAGUCAACAAGCAAUUCAACAAUGGAGGUCCCACCAAUGAGUGAACUCGAUUCACAAGUUCUUGAAUCUCUUCCUCCUGAAAUUCUUUCUGAAAUAAAUGAUUUUUAUGGUGGAAAAUUAAAAAGCUUCAUUUCAAAACGCAAAUCUAAAACCAUUGAAAUUGGAACUUCAUCUGUUUUCCCGGGAAAUGUCCAAGGAAUUUCAGAUACUGAUUCUGUAGAUACUGCUACCAAUGCUUCAACUUCACAAAAGAUCGAAACAAUGCCAACAUCUUUAAGUCAAAUAGACGCGUCAGUGUUACAAGAACUCCCUGAAGAAAUAAGAAAUGACAUAAUUGACCUUCUUCCUCCUCACAGAAACCCGGGCUCAGAUUCUCCUUUGCGGGACCCACCACAAACGGGUCAGCUUUGGGUCGGGGACCCACCACAGUGGGUUGAGAAAUUCAGAUCCAGUGAUAUACAAAUCUUGAGGCUUUUCUCCAAUACAUAUAGUCAACUAAAGUCAAACUGCGGUUUAUCUUCAUUGUUGCUAAAAACCAUUUCUUCAAGUGAAGAAUUAUUAUUAUUAUGUAAUGAUGAUAAUGGGAUUAAUUGGUUAUGUGAGCUUCUGAAACAAUACAUACAACUGAAAAUAGAUUCAGAUCUUGAGGAGAUACACACGUGUUUUCGCCUUUUGAAAAGGUUGAGUGGAAAGUCUGAAAUUCUGUUACAAGUCUACAAUAUAACUCUUCCACAACUUCAGAUGUGUGUUAGCGAAAAAUACGGUGGAAGUCUUCAUAUCUAAGAUUGUAUAUGUUCAAAGAUCGAAUAUAAACAUUGUUAGUUGGUUGUUUUCUUUUUAGUGGGUAUAGUGUAUAUAAAAUAACACGUUUCUUUAUACAAAUUUAAUAUAUAUUUUUUGUGCUUUGAUAUU